AUGGGAGCAAACAUUAUUGAGGAUAGAAAGAGAAAAAAGGCUUAUGGACCGAAAAGCAACCCAAGCAAGAAGCGGUUCAACGGAAAUUGCUAUAACUGUGGAAAAGCUGGACACAGAUCUGCAGAUUGCCGUACUCCAAAGAAAGACAAGAAGAAGGCAUUUGCUACAUAUGCUCUUGUUGGAGCCGAAGAGACGCUUUCUAUAGAAAAUUCUGCAACGGCAAAAAUUGAACGAUCUGGAAAGAUAUUUAUGAAAAUGACUUCUGGUAAGGUGGUGACCUUGAACAACGCCCUUCAUGUUCCUGAGAUUAGAAAGAACUUAGUCUCUACUGGACUUCUUGUUAAGAAUAG